AUGUUGCAACCGAUGAGACUCGGGGUUUUGGCGAUUUUAUCGCUGCUAUUGAUCGCAAUUCAUCUGCCCAGUGCAAACACCUCCCCCUUGGAGUUCUCCGAGCGAAACACGAAUGUCGGCGAUGGGUCGUAUGGUGAAAUUAGCCCUGGAAAGCUGGGCGCUGUUGCUAGCGAAAGCUCAAUCUGCUCCCGCCAUGGAGCCGAUAUUUUGAAGAAGGGCGGAAACGCUGCUGAUGCUUUGGUUGCGACAGAAUUUUGUAUUGGUGUCGUAGGAAUGUAUCACAGCGGAAUCGGCGGCGGUGGCUUCAUGCUCGUGAGAUCAGCAAAGGGUGAUUACGAGUUUAUUGAUUUCCGAGAGACGGCUCCAGCCGCGGCAUUCGAGGAUAUGUUCAAAAACAACGAUGAUGCUUCCGUCUAUGGCGGACUAGCAAGUGGAGUACCGGGCGAAGUGCGAGGUCUCGAGUACCUCCACAAGAACUAUGGCUCUCUUCCAUGGUCGAUUGUUGUGGAGCCCGCAAUUCGCACAGCCCGGGACGGGUUCCCUGUCACAGAAGAUCUUGUCAAAUACAUGAAAUCUUCCGUUGGCAGUGGAGAGGACUUCCUGUCCAAGAACCCCACGUGGGCAAUAGACUUUGCUCCAAAUGGAACUAGGCUUGGGCUGGGCGAUACCAUUACCCGACGCCGGUUAGCUGACACCCUCGAGGCUAUCGCACAGGGUGGCGCGGAUGCAUUCUACUCGGGCCCUAUCGCGGAGACUAUGAUUAAUGCGCUCCAGCGCGAAAACGGGACAAUGACGGUCGAAGAUCUUAAAAAUUACACUGUGGCUAUUCGGGAUAUCUCUCAGAUUGACUACCGUGGUUACAAGAUCACGAGUACGUCGGCCCCCUCCAGUGGUAGUAUCGCCAUGAGUAUUUUGAAGAUUCUCGGGACAUAUACAGAUUUCUUCUCGACUGAACAAUCUGUGAAUUUGAGUACCCACCGGUUGGACGAGGCGAUGCGAUUUGGAUAUGGCGAGAGAUCUAAGUUUGGUGAUCCCCUGUUUGUUGAUGGGAUGGCCAAGUAUGAGAAGGGGAUUUUGGAGCAGUCUACGAUUGAUGAAAUUCGAUCCAAGAUCUCGGAUGUGCGAACUCAGAACGUAUCUGCUUAUGAUCCAGCCGGACUGGAAAGCCUGGACACCCCUGGAACUUCCCAUAUCGCAGUGGCCGACCACACUGGUCUUGCAAUCUCGGUAAUCACCACCAUCAACCUGCUCUUCGGUAGCCAAGUCAUGGUCCCAGAGACCGGUAUCAUCAUGAACAACGAGAUGAACGACUUCUCCAUUCCUGGAUCAUCAAACUCAUUUGGAUACAUCCCCUCUGUGUCCAACUACGUUCGCCCUGGAAAACGCCCUCUUUCCUCCAUCACGCCCGCGAUAGUCGAGCGACCCAAUGGCAAGCUAUUUUUGAUUGCGGGAUCCGCAGGAGGCAGCCGUAUAAUCACUGCCACCGUCCAGAGCAUCAUCCAUUCCAUUGAUCAGGGACUCUCCGCCGCCAAAGCGUUGGCCAAACCCCGUCUGCAUGAUCAGCUGGUGCCAAACCAGGUCAGCUUCGAAUACACUUUCGACAACGCAACGGUUGCCUCCAUGAAGGCGCUCGGUCAUAAUGUUACUUGGGUUGCUCCAGGGCAGAGUACUGCCCAGCUGAUUCGGGUCUUGCCCAAUGGAACAUUCGAUGCUGCUGGUGAGCCAAGACAACUCAAUUCGGGUGGGUAUUCUGUAUAG